AUGAGCAACCCUGGCAGCCCUAGCCUGCACAACCUGGCACAUGUCCUGAUGCUAAUGAUGAUUGUUGGACUUGUCAGCCUCUACCUACAGCUGACUAUCAAGUAUGAGGACCUGGCACGCUCCUGCAGCAACCUUCACAGACCAGCCAAGGAGGCAGUGCAGUUGGAAGAUUACUGCACUGGAUCAUUACUACACAAUCAGCAUGGUGACUGUUGCAUUCUGAAUGGAGAUGCCUCGACAGCCACAACCCUGCUGACACAAAAAGCUUCCCAGUUGGCAUCAGAGGCUGACAGAUAUUCCCAGACAAGAAUCUUGGGAACCGACAAGCAGCUUUUAGUUUCCAUCUCCGAAAGUUCUUUUCUGUCCAAGCAGACAGCAUAUGAAACCUCAGAACAGCUGAAGGUGGACGAGUUUGGUAGAACAGAGAAAAGUGAUGUGGACGAGGUAGCGACAGAAAUUCCUACAGGUGUUGUCUCUCCACUGGAUGUUUCUCCGGUACAGUUUACACAUGCAGAAGAACCUAACUUGUCUGAACUACAGGGAAAGCCAGAAGAAGUGCAGUCAUCAUAUAUAGAAGCUUUUCUGUUUGAGCCAACCUCCACAGUCGGGCAGAGGUUGUGGAAGAGAAGCAAUGCUUACAGUCUGUAUGAUAAUGACGACGAUGAUAAGUCUCUUUCUGAAGAUGAUGUGACAACAGAAUCAGCUUCUGAGGAAAGUAAGGUUGCAGGUUUAGGUUCAUCUGCUACGCUUUUCAGUCAGAUCUCUUUGUCAAUUCCUCAAACUUCUAGAGACUUUCUUCGUACGGCACAAGAGGCUUCUGGUAAUGGACAGCAGCAUUUCAGUAAGACAUACCAGAGUUCCCACAGGCAUGCUGAUGUGCUUGACAUGGGCUCUGUUCUAUCGACAGACAACAUGGCUACUGAUAACAAGAACACUUGUCAGAACUGUGACAGUGCUGUCACUGACUCCCACAGCAGAUUCCACAUCCAGCCGGUUCCAGCAGAGACGUUGGAUCACAGCACUGCUGAAGACAGCUACAGUGAGGUGAAUGAUGAGGAUGAGGUAAGCAGUGUAACAAUGCAGGCAGACUCUGAUGCCAAACAGACACUGAUACAAGAAGGCACAUCUGCAUGGUGUGACUCCUCAAACAGUGGCUACACCUGCCAGUUUGAGAACCUCUGUUACAAGACAGCAGAGGGAGAUUUUAUUUUCUUGAAGGGCAAGCACAGUGUCUUGGAAAAGCUUCCAUCUAAUAGCCAACUUGACGCAGAGGACUUGUUCAGCAUUAGUUUAUCGACAGUAGCUGAGCACAACACCAUGAAAUUUACCCCCGUCUUCAUACCGGCUUCGGGUCUUGGUAGAUUCCCUACAGUCGCCAUCAUCCAGGGGACUUCUUUCAUACUACAACGGUUUAAGCCAGAUAACGUCAUGCAUGUUCUACAUGAUGAUGUUCUUCCACUCUAUCAUUCACUUCAUUCCCUGGGUCUGAUCCAUGGCCGACAGAAGCCUAAUGUCACUAUUCUGUUCACAGAUCACUUUGACGCAGGCGAGUAUAACAGUCUGUACAAAGCGCUGUCGGUAGUCCCACCAGUGUCCCUUCACAAGUUAAACCACACUGCUGACGUUAUUUGCUUCGACAGGGCCUAUUUGGGACUCACAAACAAGACUUUGUGGUAUCAGUAUGGGUUUUUCCAAAUGCAAGGACCUCUGGAUGUGACUGUCCCUGAUUUACUGCUAAAUAUCCGCAGAGCAGCCACUUACUUGGCAUCACACCUAUACCACAGCUGCAUCUUUUGCACCAAGGGAAACUACUUGAUCCUGCUGUCUCGAAAGGAUAAUAGAAGAAUCAUCAACGAAGGAGAACUGAUGCUAUCAAUAGCGAGAGCAACAAAGUUCAAAGUUCUCUCGAUGAGUGUGGAGACACAUUCCUUGGAAGAGAUAAUCUCAGCAGUAACUAAUUCUAGAGGAAUUAUAGGCAUGCAUGGAUCACUUCUGAGUUUCCUAAUAUUCCUUCCCCCAGGCAGCUGUGUCAUAGAACUGUUUCCUUAUGCAGUAAACCCUUUCAACUAUACACCCUUUAAAACAGUGUGCGACCUGCCUGGUUCUGAAGUUAUUUACAAGUCCUGGAGCAACAAGAAUAAGGUGAAGUCGGUCCCACACCCAGACUGGGAUCCCAAGCUAGGCGGGAUCAGUCACUUGCCAGCUGAGGUACAGAAUGGGAUAAUCAAACAGUCUGAAGUCCCUGGACAUUUGUGCUGUGAGGACCCGUCCUGGUUAUACCAUAUUUAUCAGGACACAGAAGUGGACGUUGUGGAGGUGACUGUACUAGUGACCACAGCACUCACUGAGGCCAGGGAGUUACAAGUCCACUCUAGGGUGGGGUUAGUGCCAGACAUCCCCCUCUCACCCGGCCCUGUGAGGGAUCUUGUGUGCAAAUCUGUGAACUUGAGUGUUGCGGAGGCUGGUCUCAGUAGACACUACUUACUUGGCUGGCAGCUUCCAUGGAAUGUAGAGUUUCUAGACUAUGUCAGUUUAGAGUUUCAGUUGGUGAUAUCUGAGCAUGGGGAUGACAGCAGCAUUCACGUGGAUCUACCAUCGGAUGUGAUGCUGUACUCACUGGAGCCAGCCAUACCUGAACCUACUCCUCUGUACAAUGUAUGGGUGAGGGCCACCAUAGAUAAGCGUUUGAGUGGGCCCUACAUGUAUGUGGCAUGUAAGCACAAUGUAUGA